AUGCCGGAGACGCUCGACCUAAACGACAACAAUUCCCGCCUUAUCAUUAUCCCAGCGGCCGUCUUCUUCGGCAUUUGUCCCGUGCUCGUGGGCUUGCGGAUAUGGGCGCGCCUGAGGAAGGGGGGCAAACUGGGCGCCGACGACUGGACUGCUGUGGCAGCUCUUGUGUUUGUGCUUCUCACCAGCGCCUUUUUAGUCACCUCCUGUCAGUACGGAAUGGGACGGCAUUGGGUGACUAUCAAGGGGAACGACAGGUUUGAGACAAACAAGUAUUUCUACAUGUCCCAGAUCACCUACAAGGCCGCCAUAAACCUCGUCAAAUGCAGCAUCCUCCUCCUCUACCUUCGUCUAUUCCAUGUCGUUCACUGGUUCCGCUACUCGUGCUGGGCGCUCCUCGCCGCCGUCGCCACCUAUUGCACCGCCUCCAUCCUGGCGACCAUUUUCCAGUGCCGGCCCAUAAUCCGGGCACUGGAUAAAGACACGCCGGGCACCUGCAUCGACACUGCCAAGUUCUGGUUUGCGAACGCAGGCUUCUCCAUCGCCACGGAUAUCAUUAUCCUCCUGCUGCCCAUGCCUCUCGUCUGGAAACUCGGGGUGCCCAUCGCCCAGAAGUUGGCCCUCAUGGCCGUCUUCACCAUCGGCAUCUUUGCCACCAUCACGUCGUGCCUCCGCGUCACGACACUCGACAUAUUUGCCACGAGCCCCGACAAUACGUACAACGUCGACAACGUCAUGUGGACCAUCGUCGAGCCCAAUGUCGCCAUCGUCUGCGCUUGCCUCCCCGUCCUGCGCCCCUUCGUCGUCAAGCUCAUCCCGGGCCUCCGCAGCAAGAGCUAUGGUUCCCAGGGCAACCCCGGGUACGCAUCCGGCAAGUCCCGCCUCACGCUGGGAAGUCAGAACAAACCCGACGGCGCCCGCCGCGACUGGGUCGAGCUUGCCGGCGUCAAGUCCCAGGGCGUCCACCUCGCAUCCAUCCGCCGUCCGGGCUCCCACACUGGCAGCGAGGAGAGCAUCCUGACGGGCGCCCAGGGGCAAAACGUGAAUGAGACUGCCGUGUCGGGGAUUCAGAGGACGGUGGAGUACAGCAUCCAGUACUCGAGUCAGAAGCAGUCGAGUACUAGAGUGGCGGAUGGGAUGGAAACACAAGCUUGA